AUGGAUUAUCUUAAUAAAAAGUAAUGGCAUACAGGCUCUAUAAAAAAUAUAGCUAGAGUAUGGUAAAAAGAAUAAGAAGCUGCACGUUAAAUACAAAAGCAGGAAGAAUAUAAAAAGAAACUUUUAGAAGAAUAGCAUGCACAUGAAUUAAAAGUUGCAUAAGUCGAAGCAGGCCUAAUCCCUAAAAGUGCUCUAGAAAAAAUGGAUUGGAUGUAUAAUCCAAUCCUUGGUUAAUAACCAUAAGAAACAGAAUAAUAUUUACUUGGAAAAUAGGUAGAUUUAAAUAAUUUACCUUAAAACACUAAGCAAUAGGAUCCUAGAGAUAAUAGCAAUAAGUAUUAAGCAAUAGUUACUGAAGAUGUUACAAACAGCACUUGUGAAAACUUCACUUUAAUUCAUGAAGAUCCAUUGUUUAAAAUGAUGUAAGAAGAAUAGAAAAUGAGAGAAAAGCUUUUAAAUAAUCCAUUAGAUGUCAAUAAGUUUAUGGAAGAAAUUAGAAAAGUGAAAGAGCUUAAAAAAUAGAAAGAGGAAGGAGGCAAAAAGAAAAAAGACAAGAAAGAAAAAAAAGAAAAGAAAGACAAAAAGAAGAAAAAACACCGCAGCAGUGAUGAGAAAGAGAGUAAAAAGAAUAAAAAUAAGUCUAGAUCUCGCUCGCGCUCUUAACGUAAAAGCAAGAAAGAAAGUAAAUCAAAUAGUAAAAAAGAUAAAAAAAGGAGAAAAUCUAGAUCAUCAUCUUCUAGUUCUUCAAGUGUUUCAUCUCGCUCUAAUUCAAAAGAAAAGAAAAGCUAAAAAUCGACAUCAAUAUCUGAAAAGAACCACAAAUUAAGGAGAAACAGUAGAAGCAGCAGUAGUGCUAAAUCUCUCUCUCCUGAGUCAAAAUUAAAGUAGAUUUAAUAUGAGUAGUAUCUUUAAAAGAAAGUUGGAAAUAUUUUGGUUAGAGGAGAUGACGGAAUUUUAAGACCUGAUUUUGGGUUGAUGAAAAGAAAAUAUAGAAAUAACUUAAGGCCCGAAGAAAAAAUAUAGAUGACUGAAGAAGAGAAAAAAGAAAGACUGAAAGAAAUGUAAGAAAAUGCUAAAGAAUUGACCAAAGAAAGGUUAAAAGAAUUUAAAGAUGACUAUUAAGAUAAAGACUACAAUAAUGAUGAGUCUAACAUAAAAGAUUUGCAUAGUAAACAAAAUAAUCCUAAAUUCCUCCAUGAAAUCAAUAAAGAAAUUUACAUUGGUAAAAAAGAUAUAAACUCUCUUGCUGAUAAGAUAAGUAUGAAUAAAAAUAGACUUGCUAGAAACUUGGAAGAAAAAAAUACUUUCAAAUGA